GUGGUUUUGUCAAGAGCCGCUUCAGCCGAUCUGUUCCUGCUCUAUUUUAAUGUGAUUUUACACCUUUACCAUGAAUGUUUUAAUGUUUCCUUAGUGUCAGGAAAAUGUCGCUCGUAGCUGGUACGCAAUCAAUCAUGCUCCAAAAUUUUUUGGCGUUUUCGUUCCUGCUGCUCCUGGCCAGUCAUUUUGGCACUGCCGAGGACUAUUAUGAUGAUAUCUAUGAGGACGUUUAUACGCAUACGCCUUUUGACGAGAUUGAGCCAGUUGAUAUCAUAUAUGAAUACAAUGUCACUGCAAAAGUCAAAACAAAUUGCUGUUCAUUAAUGCUAAGCGCGGCAAAUAAUUUCACCAUGGCUUUGGAUGACUUUGCGCUCAGGUUCAGCAACAACACAUCCAUCAUUGAGGGGGUUUUUGCCACAAAAUCAAAAGACUCGCUUGAAAAACUAGAAGUAGGGGUUGGAAAGCUGAAAGAUGAAUCUGAUUUGAUCAAUCAAAAUUACGAGCAAAUCUUGAAACAAAUCCUCCAAAAAUCUAAAGAGCAGGAGGGCGUUCUUCAGUGGUUCAACAAAGCAAACGGGAAAUUAAAUGAGCUUGAACUUAAGUUUAAUGGGAGCAAUUUUCUUGUAGAUGAUCUUCGGAAGAUUGAAGAGGCAAUUGACGCUCUGAAAAUUCAAACACAAGCUCACAAAAAAGGGUCAACAACAGGAGAGUACGAUUAUGUCACUGCAAAAGUCAAAACAUGCUGUUCAUUAAUGUUAAGCGCGGCAAAUAAUUUCACCAUGGCUUUGGAUGACUUUGCGCUCAGGUUCAGCAACAACACAUCCAUCAUCGAGGGGAUUUUUCACACAAAAUCGAAAGAUUCGCUUGAAAAACUGGAAUUAGGAGUUGGAGAACUGAGAAAUGAAUCUGCUUUUAUCAAUCAAAAUUACGAGAAAAUCGUGAAACAAAUCCUCCAAAAAUCUAAAGAGCAGGAGAGAGUUCUUCAGUGGUUUAACGCAGCAAAUGGGAAAUUAAAUGAACUUGAACUUAAGUUUUAUGAGAGCAAUCUGCUUGUAGAUGAUCUUCAGAAGAUUGAAGAGGCGAUUGACGCUCUGAAAAUUCCAACACACAAAAAACAGUCUAAGAAUCCAGGAGAGUACGAUUAUGCCGAGUUUGUUCAAAAUGAUGAGCCAACCAAAGAGGAUGCUUCUCAUCCAAAAACAGAAGAGGAAUUCAAAGUAAUCUCAUUGCCUAAGGGUGAUUACAUGUUCAGCUAUUUUCCGGUGACAUGGAAAGAAGCUAAUCAAACUUGCGUCAAUUUGGGUGCCACGCUCGCGACUUUUGAGGAUGUUGAUGAGUUGAAAGAUGUGUCAUCAGCAGGACUUUUGAAUGACAAAGGCAAAUAUUACUGGGUUGGGCUCUCAGAUAUUGGCAGGUCUACUGGAGAUUUUGCUUGGCUCAAUGGACGUGCUCUCCCUGCCGAGGACAGCGAUUUUUGGGACAAGGUGUUCUUCGGAGGGCAACCAAAUAAUGCGGCCGAAGGAUUGGAAACUUGCGGUGCAUUGAAAAUUGAUACUGCAAAACUGUACGAUUUCAGCUGCAAUACCACCAAGAACUUAAUUUGUGAAAAGUAAAAAAAAGAUUAUGUAUUCAUAUGUUAAUUAACCUUGACCUGCAAUUUUCUCCAUUUUUGCAUCCUUUAUUUGCAUUAAAUAAUUUUUCCUGUUUUACGUACUUUACGUUAUUAUAUUGGAUUUUCAGAAAAAUAAAAUAGCUUACUUGUGUGCACUUUA